AUUAGCGGCAAAAAAUAGUUUUGCAAAAGCGCAUCUUUCUGUUAUUUCUCGAAUGUUCUCGUUGAUUUAAAAAGGAUAAACUUAACGGACUGUACAAUACUUUUCAGAUUGCACUUUUGAUCAGCUAAGCGGUUAUUGUGUACGGUAUCGACGGAAUACCAUAAACGGAGAAAAAUCUAAACACGAUCAAAAGUACGACCCGAAACCAUGCCGCCUAUGGUCGUCUGUUACAACAGAGGAUGCGGUCAAAGCUUUGACCCACAAAACAAUAGCGAAGAUUGCGUCCAUCAUCCUGGUGUGCCAUUUUUCCAUGAUGCCUACAAAGGAUGGACGUGCUGCAACAAGAAAAGCGUGGACUUUACGGAGUUUCUCAACAUCAAGGGUUGCACCCGGGGGCUGCAUUCAAACGAAAAACCGCCAGAGCCAGAGAAACGUAAAGAAGACGCUUCUUUGUUGGACGAAGCGGCUCCGGUUGAGGUGAAAAUUCGAGAACCGAUUCGUCCUACCAUGGAACGUCCUUCAUUCGAAGCGGCAUUGACCUCGUUGGAUCCAUGGGUAGCACCAGCCUUCCGGAAGCAGAUUGAUGAAAUGCCAGCUGUUACAGUGAAGAAGAAGACCCCCACCGAUAUCACUGCUAUCGAGGCCGGGGCAGUAUGUAAGCAUGGUGGCUGUAGCUGCACGUACGAGGAUGCCAAAACGAGCGAUAACCCCUGCGUGUAUCAUCCGGGCGUACCGAUAUUUCACGAGGGGAUGAAAUUUUGGUCGUGCUGUCAACGGAAAACUUCAGACUUUACUGCCUUCAUAAAUCAGACCGGGUGUGAGACGGGCAAGCACCUGUGGGUCAGUGAGGAAGACGAAUCGAAAACGAUCAAGUGCCGGCUGGAUUGGCACCAAACGGCCACUACGGUGGUGGUGACGGUUUAUGCGAAAAACUAUCACUACGCCAAGAGUUACGUUCGUGUGAAUCCGAUUCGGCUAGCCAUUUGCUUGGUGUUUCCGCAACAGGAUGGAAACCAGUACAACGUGGAUUUGGAACUACGUGGGGUGAUUGAUGUGGCACAGUGUAAGGUUCAAAUGUUCGGCACAAAGGUGGAAAUAACGCUGGUCAAGGGGGAAGCAGGAACUUGGGUCAACUUGGAUUUCCCGCGAGAGAAAAGAGGCGAUCAACAGAAGGAAGUUACGAACAAAGCUAACAGCAGCAACAAUGCAGAAGACAAUGAUUCUGACGUGGAUCUGGAAGAUCUGGAGCCAACGAUGCGUACGGCAACAAUAACAGAAGUAACGGAGUAAAGGGGACGAACGUUCACUCCAAUACACAGCGAUCGAUUCCUUCACCUAUUGUGGCACGUACCCCUUCCGAAGAAUGCAAUAAACUGGAGCAGGUCCCGUAAGGUAUAACU